AACCCAGCUCGCCUCUCUCUCUCGUCCCACCAAAACCAAUCCGCACAUCGGAGCGAGCAUCGCCGGGCCACCGCGGCGGGUUGAUGGCGGGAUCCUCCGCCGUGUACGCGUCGUGCAGGCCGCACGCGCGCGCGGGCUUCUUCCACCCCCACCCGGCGGACCAGGCCCAGCGGGGCGGGCUGCUGCUCCCGGCCGCGGCGUCGGCGUGGAGGAGGGGCGGCGCGGGGGCGCCGAGGGCGAGCCUGGUGGCGGCGCGGACGGCGACGGAGGAGGCGGUGUACGAGGUGGUGCUGCGGCAGGCGGCGCUGGUGGGGGACCUGCAGGGGCGGCGCCGGGAGGCCCGCCGGUGGCGCGACGAGCAGAUGGAGCAGGAGGGCGACGCCGAGCUCGGCUGGGGCCUCCUCGGCGACGCCUACGACCGCUGCGGCGAGGUCUGCGCCGAGUACGCCAAGACAUUCUACCUCGGCACACAGCUUAUGACUCCUGAAAGGCGCAAAGCUGUUUGGGCAAUCUAUGUAUGGUGCAGGAGGACCGAUGAGUUAGUGGAUGGCCCUAACGCGUCUUACAUCACACCCAAGGCGCUCGAUCGGUGGGAGAAGAGAUUAGAGGAUCUCUUCGAAGGCCGCCCGUAUGACAUGUACGACGCGGCCCUCUCAGACACAGCGUCGAAGUUUCCAAUUGAUAUCCAGCCAUUCAGAGAUAUGAUUGAAGGGAUGAGGCUUGACCUGUGGAAAUCGAGGUAUAGGACCUUUGACGAGCUUUACCUCUACUGCUAUUACGUCGCUGGCACCGUCGGUCUCAUGACGGUACCGGUGAUGGGGAUUGCUCCGGACUCAAAGGCCUCAGCAGAGAGCGUGUACAAUGCCGCACUGGCCCUUGGCAUUGCCAACCAGCUGACAAACAUCCUCCGAGAUGUAGGAGAAGACUCGAGGAGGGGGAGAAUAUACCUUCCACUGGACGAGCUGGCACAAGCGGGUCUGACAGAAGAGGACAUAUUCAGAGGGAAAGUGACGGAUAAAUGGAGGAGGUUCAUGAAGGGCCAAAUUCAGCGCGCCAGGCUCUUCUUUGACGAGGCCGAGAAGGGCGUCAUGCAUCUAGACUCUGCGAGCAGAUGGCCGGUCCUGGCAUCGCUGUGGCUGUACAGGCAGAUCCUGGACGCCAUCGAGGCGAACGACUACAACAACUUCACCAAGCGUGCGUAUGUGGGCAAGGCGAAGAAGUUCCUGUCGUUGCCGGCCGCAUAUGCGAGGGCGGCUCUUUCACCAUAAGCAAAGCGAAGCAAUCCUGUAGAUCAGAUGUCUUUUUUUUCUUUUGUCCUGUCACCCUACAAAUUUUUUGUUGGCUGUUGUAUAUAUUCAGCUGUGCAUGUUUGCCAUACGCCCGCCACGGUAUUUAGCUCGAAGGACCGAUGUCGGGUCGCGCUGUACUCAAACACUUGUUACCACCACACAGUGGAGAAUCAAAGUUGCUCCAGUUGAAUGAAGAACAAACAAACACUCUUUUUAAA